AUGGGCUGCGGCAUCGACCGUGGGUUUCCGAUCGACGGGAGCCCUGAGGCGCGCGUCGACGGGAAACGCAUGCACGUGGCACACGGUGCCAAGGAGGCCCUCGGCGCGGGUCACGACCACCGCCACGAGCCACGAGGCCACGGCAGGCAGUGGUACCACGGCGCGCGGUGGCACUUUACGCCGCCGCCGAGCGACAAGGCGCACGACGCACCCGGCAAGGGUGUCCUCGAGGAGGAGCGGCCCGAGAGGCGGGCGGACUGCACCGAGCUCGCAGAGAUGCAAGCGGAGUUCGAUCACAUCCGUGCGCAGGUCCGGACCCUGCGGGACAAGGCACGGGCACGAGCCCUCGAGCAGGGGGCAGGCAACCUCUUCGACGAGAUGGAGAGCGACACCGAGCACCACGAGCUCUCCUGCCACCAUUCCGGUACCCCGCCCCGCGACAAUGUGGUUGGCGCCAUGUGGUCGUUUGACGUUUAUGUAUCUUAA